AUGAGAGAAUUAGCAGCAGAAAUAGCAAGCAUGAGGAGACUCAGGCAUCAAAACCGAGUACAAUUGCAUCGCUGGUGCAGGAAACAUGAUGAACUACCUGUCUAUGACUAUGUACCAAAUGGAAGUCUUGACAAGAUUUUGUUUGACGAUACUCACCAAAAUAUUAAGCAACUGACUUGGGUACAAGGAUACAAGAUCCUUCUUGGUGUUGCCAAGGCAUUACUAUAUCUCCAUGAAGAAUGCAAUCAGAUGGUACUUCACAGAGAUGUUAAACCCAGCAAUGUUCUCAUAGAUGCAAAUCUUAAUGCGAAGCUUGGAGAUUUUGGCCUGGCCAGAACUUACAGCCAUGGGAUUCAUCCACAGACUACACACGUAGUCGGAACACUUGGAUACCUGGGCCCUGAAAUCACCAGGACUGGAAAAGCUACAAGCAGCAGCGAUGUGUAUGGUUAUGGAGCAUUCAUGCUAGAGAUAACUUGUCGAAGGAGACCAAUACAGCCACAAAGAAUUGGUAACAGUGGACUGGGUUAA